CGCCUGUGCCCGGGCCGAACUGUGACAUCGACGCCGGGGCUUUUGUUCCCUCUGCGGUUGAGAAAGACAACAAGACAGGGGACGGUUGUAUGGUCCCCGGCCCGUGCUGGCGGCAGUGUUCCCCCCUCCCCGAGCGCCCGCCCGCCCGCUCUCUCGGCCGUCUCACACGCCCACCCCAUCCGCCGUGGAAACGACAUGCUUGGAUGUUUAAAACCGCUGCCGAGUGGAAUUUAAGCCAGAGCGAAAGGAAUUAAAGGUCUUCAAUCAAAAUCAGGAAUAUGCGAGAAAAGAGAAAUGAUUCUGUAGAUUUCGUCAAGGAUUUUCAAGAGUAUCUCACUCAACAAACGCAGCAUGUAAACAUGAUUUCUGGUUCAGUUUGCAAUGAAAAGGAACCGGAAUUACUUCAGCCUGCUGGAACAGAAAAUCAUCAAAAUGGAGUCCAUCAUGCUUCUGUUGAGGUUUCCCUCGAUGAUGGCUCUGGGAUGAUGGGAGAAGGGCCGGAAAGAACGGCUGAUGGAAAAUUGAAGUGUCAGUAUUGUAACUAUGCAAGCAAAGGGAUAGCACGACUUAUGGAGCACACCAGAAUGCACACGGGUGAGAAGCCCCACAGAUGUCAUUUAUGCCCAUUUGCUUCAGCUUAUGAGCGUCACCUUGAAGCACACAUGCGCUCACAUAGAGGUGAAAAACCAUACAAAUGUGAGCUUUGCUCAUUCCGUUGCAGUGAUCAAAGUAACCUGUCUCACCAUCGUAGACGUAGACAUAAACUUCUCCCGCUAAAAGGACGGAGGACGUCAUUAACCAAUAAAAGAAUGAUGGGAAUCUUGCAGAAAAAGUCUGGCUACACCCUGAGUUAUGGAAGAAGACCGAUGAUUAAUUUCAGCCCUCCACCAAUGCUGGUGCAGAAGACAGAUUACCUUGAUGAAUUUUCUCAUAACAUAUCAGCUGAAUCUUAUGAAGGUCUGGGAAAGGCACAGACUAGUGGAAUCUCAAGGGACGUACAGGACAUGGUUGAUAAUCCAUUAAACCAGCUAUCUGCCUUAGCUGGCCAGCUUUCCAGCCUUGCACAUGACGACCAAGCUCCAGUAUCUUCAGAUGUGGCAUCCUGCAGGGAUGAAAAACCAUAUGUGGUACAACAUUCUAUAGCACCAACAGUUACCACCGUGGUUUCUAGUGUGGCACAAAGCUCAUCCAAUGCUAGUCCUGAUAGACAUCCAGUGCAUAAUCAGAGGAACUUAAGUCCUGUAGCAGGUCCAAGUAGUGAACGCAGUGCUCACAUGAGCUCACCUUGCAUGACGAACAGCCAACGUAGCACUCCUACUCCUCCAAUUCAAGUGCAGGAUCCCCAGCUUUUACAUCAUUGCCAACACUGUGACAUGUAUUUUGCAGACAAUAUCCUUUAUACCAUUCAUAUGGGAUGCCAUGGUUAUGAGAACCCAUUUCAAUGUAACAUAUGUGGAUGCAAAUGUAAAAACCAAUAUGACUUUGCUUGUCAUUUUGCCAGAGGCCAGCAUAAGCAAAUUUAAUGUUAUUUGUAUUAAUAAAGCAUUUAAAUUGAUCAGAAUUUUUUUUGAAAGAAAGAAGCUUUAUCCUGUAUAAAACUAUUACUCAAAUUGGUUUAUAUUUUAAAAUCUAAAAAUACAUACUAGUGAAAUUUUCUUGCGUUUUCCAAGCCACCAGUGUUUUAAUUCCAUUGCUUGGUCUAUUCUUUCUGUCCUGAGCCAAUUUUAAAACUUGAAACUGGAAGCUAUCACGUGCAGUGGGAAAAAUAAUAUUUGCAAAUAGAUAAAAAGAUAAAAGACUGUGAAAGGAACUUGCAUUUCCUCCAACCUAUUUUCCCCUAAAGUUGUUGGCAUAUGGUGUGGAAUGAGUUGAAGGCGCUCAUUUAAAACAAGAUGGCAAUAACAGGGUGGUCCACAUUCAUGCUGUUCUGAGUAUGAUUCCGAAGUAACAUGCACUGAAUCUUUCUAGCAAAUGUGCACUAUCCAGCUUGUAGUUGCCAAAUUGCUGUGUUUCUAAUGCUGUUCUGCCUAAAUUUAAAUUGUAAAGAAUUUAGAACUGUUUCUUGGGUGUCACUAAAGAUGAUUACAGUAAAUUAAUAACAUUAAAGUCCUAUUUUGGAAUCAGUUUAUACUUAUAAAACAUGGAAAAAUUCAAACCUUGGAUCCUAUAAAGAUAGUCUUCGUGUAAUUAAAUAUUCCUCAUUAGGAUCUCGUGCUUUCCCAGCGUAUAUGAUGAAUAAACACUUCUCGGGCUUCCAACCGGGUACAGGUAUCGAUUCUAACCGACAUUUCAAAGACAAACUCCGCCAUCUUCAUCAGGGAUGAUGCCUGGGUAUGUCUAGUCCGGUAGUAUUUAUACCCCCCCAUAGUGCGUCCCUUCUGAUUGGUUAGUCCUCAUCCAAUUAGGUUUCUGCUCUCCCACUUCGUUUGUAAUCAAAUUCUAGCUCUUACUAGAAUUGAACUGACUUUAUU